AUGUCCACAAAGGAUUUGAGUGUCACAGCAAAACUCAUCAAUGGAGGUGUGGCAGGGCUUGUUGGGGUCACCUGUGUGUUCCCCAUCGACUUGGCCAAGACUAGGCUGCAGAACCAGCAUGGAAAAGACAUCUACAAAGGAAUGAUAGACUGCCUGAUGAAAACUGCCAGGGCAGACGGCUUCUUGGGGAUGUACCGAGGAGCUGCAGUGAACUUAACCUUGGUCACUCCAGAGAAGGCCAUCAAGCUGGCUGCCAAUGACUUCUUCCGGCAGCUGCUAAUGGAGGAUGGGAUGCAGCGGAAUCUGAAGAUGGAGAUGCUAGCUGGAUGCGGAGCUGGAAUAUGCCAGGUGGUGGUUACCUGUCCCAUGGAAAUGCUCAAGAUUCAGCUGCAGGAUGCUGGACGCUUGGCAGCUCAUCGUCAGGGCUCGGCCUCAGCCCCUUCCUCCUCCAGGUCCUAUAGUACGGGUUCGGCUUCCACCCACAAGCGCCCAUCUGCCACCCUUAUCGCCUGGGAGCUACUCCGCACCCAGGGCCUGGCUGGUCUCUACAAGGGUCUGGGUGCCACUCUCCUCAGAGACAUCCCCUUCUCCAUCAUCUACUUUCCACUGUUCGCCAACCUUAACAACCUCGGGUUCAACGAGAGCACGGGGAAGGCUUCCUUCGCGCAUUCCUUCAUGUCAGGCUGUGUUGCAGGUUCUGUAGCCGCCGUCACAGUAACACCUCUGGACGUUUUGAAAACGCGAAUCCAAACCCUCAAAAAAGGCCUAGGCGAGGACAGCUACAGCGGGAUCACUGACUGUGCCAGGAAACUCUGGAUUCAGGAGGGACCAUCUGCCCUCAUGAAGGGAGCAGGCUGCCGGGCCCUUGUCAUAGCCCCUCUCUUUGGGAUUGCCCAAGGGGUCUACUUCAUUGGUAUUGGGGAGCGGAUCUUAAAGUGUUUCGAGUAGAGAUAGCUGAAGCCCAAGUCCCCUGCCAUCUCUCUAGCCCAUUCAACUUCAGCUAGAUGGGGACGAGCAAGAUGGCCC